UUAUAGCUACUAUAUAUACAUAUUUUACCUCAUUCACAUCUUCACGAGUGAUAUAAGGAACUAAGAAGUCUUAAUUAAUUUUGGUGCGCUUCAAAUGACACACCACACCAUGGAGGAGGACUUGAACAUCUUGGAGGUUAACACUGAGCCUUGCAACAACAAUGCUAUUACAAGUGCAAAGAUUGCACCACCACAGGGAAAGAACCUUAGUCCAAAUGUAACAAAGAAGUGUCUAUUUCUGGUCACCAAACUUCGCUUCCAAAUGCUCGGCAAUUUCACAACCAAUUUGCGAGAGGUCAUUUUUGGGACUAAGCUUGCAGUGCUUUUUCCUGCUGUCCCUUUAGCUGUUGUUGCAGAUUUUUAUAAACUUGGAAGACCUUGGAUUUUUGCUUUGAGCCUACUUGGACUCACCCCUCUAGCUGAACGUGUCAGCUUCCUUACUGAGCAAAUUGCGUAUUACACUGGCCCCACAGUUGGAGGGCUUCUGAAUGCAACCUGUGGUAAUGCAACUGAGAUGAUCAUAUCUUUGCUAGCACUUCACCAAAACAAAGUAAAUGUUGUGAAGUUCUCUCUGCUGGGAUCUAUUUUCUCAAACCUUCUAUUAGUUCUUGGAAGCUCACUCCUUUGUGGUGGCUUAGCCAACCUUAGGAAGGAACAAAGAUAUGACAGAAAACAGGCAGAUGUAAACUCACUACUUUUGUUGCUGGGGUUGCUAUGCCAUUUGCUGCCAUUACUGCUCAGAUAUGCCUUAGCAGGAGAAUAUCCUUCUAUAGCCACUAGUAAUCUACAAUUGUCAAGAGCAAGCAGCAUUGUUAUGCUUCUAGCAUAUGCUGGAUACAUCUUUUUUCAAUUAAAAACACAUCGACAACUUUUUGAUGCACAAGAGGAAGAUGAAAAUGAAGAUGAAGAGAAGGCUGUGAUAGGAUUUUGGAGUGCAUUUUCUUGGUUGGUCGGUAUGACACUUAUCAUAUCUCUGCUUUCUGAAUAUGUUGUUGCAACCAUUGAGGCUGCUUCAGAUUCUUGGGGCAUUUCUGUUAGCUUCAUUAGCAUAAUUUUGUUACCAAUUGUUGGGAACGCUGCAGAACAUGCUGGCUCAAUCAUAUUUGCUUUCAAGAACAAGUUGGACAUAUCUUUGGGGGUUGCUAUGGGAUCUGCAACCCAAAUUUCUAUGUUUGUGGUUCCAUUUAGUGUGGUUGUUGCAUGGAUAAUGGGUAUAGAAAUGGACUUGGAUUUCAAUCUCCUUGAAACUGGGUGUCUUGCUUUUACAAUUAUUGUUACAGCAUUCACUUUGCAGGAUGGAACUUCACACUACCUGAAAGGAGUGGUUCUUUUCCUGUGUUACAUCAUCAUUGCUGCAUGCUUUUUUGUUCAUAAAACUAGUACUCCACUAAUCAAUCAAGCAUAGAGUAGGGUCAAUUUCUGAGCUAGACCAUAAAUUGGUAUGGAGAGGUGCAUCCCCUUUUAGGUGGAAGCCGUGUCUUUGAAAGUAAUGAAGGCUUGGAGGUCCUCAAGAAAGUCAGAAAACCAUAGAAGAUAGAUUUGAAUGUUUCCCUAUAAUAAGGUAUAUACAGACUACAGUGUGGCAUUUGGGGUUAUUUGAAAACCCUUUUCCUUUCCUUUAAUUAACUUUUCCAUGUUUCCCGCUUACUCCAUAAUGAUACCCAUUUAUUUUUCAUUCAAUGUAGAAAAACAAUAAACAGCAAAUAAAGAAUGUUGCCUUAUUUAUUGCCUUUA